UACUUUGCUGUUUUGGUACUUUUACUGCAGUAAAGUAUCUCAGUACUUCUUCCACUGUCGUGUUUCUAUCGAGGCUUUAAGUCGUUUUACUUUAUUCUUAUUUCGGUAUUUUGCAGCUUUUCUGUUUCCUCUUGAAUUCCGGAGACAAAGUGCGUCAACACGACAUGUCGUCCAACCAAACAGCUUUUUUUCUCCUUACAGUCAAGAUGGACUCUGUUUGAAGAACAGUCCUGCAUGUGACACGGUGCGGCCAGCAGUCAUCACUAGUUAACGUUAUGUGGCUGUUUAACAAAAUGACAAGUGCCGUUUAUUUACACACAUGAUUAAGAGCUCAGUUAAAGAUCUCCUGAGGUCACCUGGCUAACUGUCCGUGUCUCUGCUGUUAGCCGUCUGUUAGCCUGGAAGCUAACCUGCUCAUGGUGUUGAUUUACCUGCUUCUGCAGUCGGACCGAGGACAACGUGAAGGUGGCGGAUGACAAAUUAUGGAUGCCGGCUUGAACGACUGUACAGAUGUAUAAACAGCGGGAUCCUCCUGCCCUUUAGAUGUCGAGGACCUGUUCAUGGCUUCUAAGAAGAAGCAGAAAGGAAUGGUGUUCCAUCAGGAAGGGGCAACCACCCCUGCAGCAGCGCCUGCACCCAACCAUCCACCUGCACACUUGGUUGCCCUGAAACCAGGGAAGGCAAGCGAAGGCGGCAUGGAACAAGGCACUAAUAUAACCAGUGAAGAGGCAGACAUGGGUAAACCCAUCAUGUACCCAACUAGGGAAGUCCUCAGGAUGUCUGGUGGACUUCCUGUUAUGAAACAUCCCGCCAGUUCCAGUUCUCAGUCAGACAACCUGUCACCUGAUAGCAUCUGCAAGGGAAUCAAAGUGACUUUGGACAACAACAGCAUGUGGAACGAGUUCUUCAGAUGCAAGACUGAGAUGAUUCUCACUAAACAAGGCAGCAGGAUGUUCCCCUACUGCCGUUUUCGCAUCUCUGGCUUACAGCCGUCCAAGAAGUACUGUUUGAUCAUGGACAUUCAACCUGUAGACAACAGUCGUUACAAGUGGACCGGCAAGUGCUGGCAAGUUUGUGGAAAGGCAGAGUGUCAUGUGAAGAGUCAGCCAUUUGCUCAUCCAGAGUCCCCGUCAGCAGGUCAACACUGGAUGCAGAAUCCAGUGUCCUUCUACAAACUGAAGCUAACAAGCAACAUCUCAGACCAAGAGGGGAACACUGUCCUGCAUCCAAUGCACCGCUACCUGCCACGACUGCACCUGGCCCAAACUGACAAAGCUGCUAAAGACAUAAAGCUAAAUGGUUCCAACGUUGUCACAUUUACUUUCCCACAGACUGAGUUUAUGGCAGUCACUGCUUACCAGAACUCACGGUUUGCUCAGCUGAAAGUCGACUAUAACCCAUUUACUAAAGGACUCAAGGAAGAUGGCUCCAGUUCAUGGGGCCUGAAACUGAAAUCAAAUACCAACAAAGACUCUCACAAAGAUGAAGGCGCAACAACAAAUGAGCAACAUCCUGUGAAGAAGAGCUUGAAGUCUUUGCUUGCAAACCAUAAACCUAGAAGCUCAAAAGUAGUUGAUUCAAAACCUUCAGCAUCAGGUGACCUCCAGAAAAAUUCCACUACGAACAAAGAUCAACCAGCUGCCAAGGUUACAGGGGAAAGUUCAUGCAGCAACUCAAGUCCACCCCAGAAGUUAAUUUCUGAACUAAUUCGGGAGGCUCAUGUUUCACUGCAAAGAUGCAACCUGGAGCAGCUGAGCAUCAGUAACGACACCUCUCACAAAGCCAAGCGAACCAACACUAAAACCGCAGCCUUGAAAGGCGAUGGACAAGAUGUUCCUAAUAGGGACAGUACAUCCUCUAAAACACACAGUGAAACAUCACCUGUAAAAGAAGGUGAAACUGUCGUAACAAAGAAUAAGGUUAAGGAGGACAAGCACCUCUUGAAUUCACUGAACUGCAAGGACACAAUUAGGACAGACUGCAGUGAGAUCAAUAAUAAAUCAUCAGUGGCGGCUGGUGCUGCUCCAUCAGUGUCCCAGAAUGUUUCUGUGGACCAUAAACCCAAGUCUGAAGCUCAAACAGAGGUGAAUGUAAAGCAGCAUAAACGUCCAGCACCUCUGCCCUUACCAGCCCUCGCUCUUUUUUUGAAGCAGCAUUCAACAAAAUCCAAGAAGGUAAAGAGCAAACCAGAGUCUCCUCCCCCAGCACUCCCACCUGAAUCCCUGCCAGAAACACCAGGUUCUGCUGCAGCUUCUGCAUGUCCGCCUCCUGAUUACACCAACAAUGCAACUGGUCCCCCAAAGGAUCCCAGUGGUGAUAUCGCAAAACCAAACAACCAGGCUUCUGACUCUAAUGGUGCAGAUCUCCAUCCAGACAAAAUGGAUUUGAAUGUCCCUGGACAAGCAGUUGAAAUGACUCAUCAGCUUUCCAGUCCAUCAUGUCAGGAUGUGGGGGCCACCGCAGACCUGAAGGGACCAAGAACUGAUAAUUCUGUGGCCUCAGUUACAGUUCCUGAAAGUUCAGGCCCACAGCCAACAUUACCACAUGGUACACCAGUGUUACCCAACUCAAAUCAGCCAUUUUGUACCCUUGGGAAAUCAAUGUCCGCCAUGUCCUCAACUCUUGCUACCUCUUCUGCAUCUUCCAUUUUGUCACCACCCAUUGACACAGUAUUACCUGUCCUGAACACUCCCCAAACACCAACCCUUACUGAGUCUUCCACACUACCUUCAGACUCCAAGUCAUCUGACGCCUUGCUUCCUGACCCCAAGUGUUCACCUUUUGGCUUUGAGCCUUUGUCACCCACAAACUCAUCGGAGCCAUUACCUUCGCUACCUGCUGUGAUAGCUUUAGAACUCGACUCCACUCCUUCUGAACCAACUCCAGCAGUGGUACCUCCUGAAGAGUUACCGCUCAAUGAAGACUCUGCCGAAUCUGUGUUUAAAUGGCAUACUGUAUUACCUGCUCCUGAGCCGUACACAGACCCUUCAUUUACAACUUUUCAGCCAACACCACAGACUCUUCCGUUAGCAUCUGUUGCAGCACCUUUGUUGCCUUCCCAGUCUCCUGCCCACCCUGCAUCACAGACUAUUGACAACACUAUAUCCACGCCUCCCCCUGAUCCUACUCCAUCAUUUCAAGAGAACGAACAGUCACUACCAUUCCCAGCAGAGCUGUCUCCCCUCGCUCUUCAGUUGCCGCUGUCUCCAACCUUUUCUUCAUUGGAUGGAGAUGCUUUGUCACCCACGCCUUCAAUCGCUGACCUCGUGCACUUUUUCUCCACCGAUGAUGACCUUGGGAUGGAGGUGGAGUUUCCAAACACAGAGGCAGUGCCAGUUCCCUGUCCACCUCCUAGUACAGUAGAAGCUAAUGCACAUGAUCUUCCUCAGCAAGUGCAACCAAUCCCAGCCCCCAAACCCUGUAAACGCAAGAAGAAGUCCUGGCGGCGAAAGGUGGCCAAGACAGAUGUGGAUCAGACAAUGGAUGACUCCACCUACACUAGCAUGCAGCCUAGCCUGGAGGAAGUGGAGGAACAGUUAUUUAUCUCGUUCACAUCAAAGGAGGCCCUCAAACUUCACGUUGUGGACUCUCCUGAAGGCCUCGGACCGGUCGCACAAACUCAGACGUCAGCUGAAGUCCAACAACAACCUGCUGAGGAAACGGACAACGACAAAAGCCUGGAUGCUGCUGAUAGUUUACUCCCUGACUGCAUCCACCCCAACAACUUCCCCGCCAAACUGUGGCGUUUGGUCAACAACCCGGACAACAGCGCCAUCAGCUGGGACGGCUGCGGCGAGGUCAUCGUCGUUGACCAGCAGCUCUUUGAGAAACAGAUCCUGUCUCCUGACGGCAUCGCCUCGGACAACGCCGACGUCUUCAAAACGACCAACUUCUCGAGCUUCGUCCGUCAGCUCAACCUGUACGGCUUCAGGAAAGCCGAUCCGGCUCCAACCAACGCCGUCACCGGGACGCAUCAUCGUUUUUUCAACGCAAACUUCAAGCGAAACAACCCUGAACUACUCGUGAAUCUGAGGAGACUCACCGUGGACAACAAGGCCAAACUACUCGCCGGUCUGAACGUCAACUGUCGGCACCCGAGUCGACAUCAGCGACUCGGCGACGACGCAAGAGAUAAAAACAUGAAGAGAGAACUAACGGAGAGUUUUGAGGAUCCGAUCGCUGCGUUUGAGAAGAUUCUCCUGAGAGACCUGCAGCUGAUGAAGCACAGACAGGUCAUCCAUCCUGUCCUGCAGGAAGUGGGACUGAAGAUGAACCUGCUGGAUGCGACUCUGUCCAUCGACCUGCAGUAUCUGGGGGUCCGUCUGCCCAUCCCUCCUCCUGGAGUCUCUCUGGAGCCGCUGAGCCAGCAGCUGCCUGCAGCACAGAAUGUUUCUGCUGCGUUUGUGUCCCGAACAGGAAAAACAACAGACGUCACUCAGAUUAAAGGCUGGAGAGAGAAAUUCACUCCGUUAGAGGCUUCCACUUCAACUCCUCCAUCAUCCAAACCUGAAGCCGCCGCCGGCUCCGAGCCCAACAAGAAGAACCUGUCGGCGUUCUGCAGCGACAUGCUGGACGAGUAUCUGGAGAACGAAGGGAAGCUGAUCGACGAGCGCGCCGCCAGCUUCUCUCAGCCGCCGGUGGAGCCGCUGGUGUACGAGCUGCCCACCAGGAGCAGCAGCUACGUCCGGACCCUGGACAGCGUCCUGAAGCAGACCUGCAGCUCCCCCACCUCAGACCUCAUCUCUGGGUUCAUCCCCCCCUCCAAGAGACCCAAACUCACCCCCAAAGAGCCCAAGAUGUCCCGCAGAGGAGACAGGAAGCAGAAAGCUCCGAAACACAGCAAACCCAGACCAGAACCCGCAGCGGCUCCCGGUCAGGGUCCAGCUGAGUCCAGUCCUGCAGUCAGCCCCCCCUUAGAGCGCACGGCCCCCGUCACCGAGGUCCCCAAAUCAAAGAAAAACCUGCUGAAAGUCAGAACACCAGCAGCCGACGCCCCCCCCGACCUCACAGACCCGUCACCCACCCCCCCUCAGCCCCUCGCCCUCACCAAGAGGAAGAAGCUCAAACCCAAGACCUGGUCCCAGACCCUCAGCCCCCCCCCAGUGCUCGGAGGACAUGGCCCCGCUGGAGUCGGACUCAGAGCUGGGGGAGGACUCACCUGGCGGCAGCAGACCUGUGAUGACCAGAGCGCUGUGAAGCAGAGAGACCUGGAGGACGGCGUGGUGUGGGAGGGCCGGCCCCGCACCUGCAUCACCCGAGAGAGGGCCGCCAUCGCUCUGACAUCACUCUUCACCUUAUCGGGCUUCGUCAGUGAGAACCCCACCGCUCCCAUCCAGCUGGUCCGGAGACGCGCUCCUCCCUGCCUGAACGAGUUCUGCCGGCUGGGCUGCGUCUGCUCCAGUCUGGCCCACAGCUGCAGGAUCGGACACUGCGGCCGCGCUCGCUGCAUGUUCGGCUGCAGCUGCCUCAAACAGAAGGUGGUGCUGCUCAAGAACCUGGACGGCUCCGACUCCGGCUCCUCCCACCACGGCUCCAACAAGAAGAGGAAGAGGAGGAGGAGGAUGAAGAUGGCCUACAUUCUGAAGGAGGCGGACAGCGUCUCCCAGCCCGCCGAGAGGGUCCGGACUCUGUGGAAGAGGGACAACCGAGAUUUGGAUCCAGACCCGGUCCACAUCCCUGAACCCGCCUCCGUGUCCUGCUCAGCUGAGAGCAGCAGCGGUGUGGAUGCCGGCAGCUGUGCUCGGGUCAGAGGUUACCAAGGAAAGAAGAAGACCCAGAAACAAAAGCAGAAGGAGGAGACUAAAGACGUAAAGUCUAAAGACGUAAAGUCCAAAGACGCUCGGCUGAAAUCUUUGAAGAAGAGAGACAAGACCAAAGCCUCCGGUCCUCCGUCAGGAAGUGAAGCGGUUCAGCCGGCGGCGUCCGACCCGCCUCACAGUCCUCCGGCGGCGCCGACCCCGAAGCCGUCGAAGCGUCUGACCAUCGUGGCGGAUUGUCGGUGGAGAUGCGACGCCGACCGCGAGCGCAUGCUGAAGAAGCUGUGUGAGGCGAUGGCUCAGGACCGCCUGCACAAACCCUUCUGGUUCCAGAACUACCUGGUCAGUCCCAUCAGUCAGACUGUGGAGGGCAGCGGCGGCGACCACUGCAUCCAGUACAAGAUCCACAUCUCCCAGCCCAGACUGGAGCAGGAGAAACCAGCAGCAGCACAAAAACAGCAAAAACACAAACAGCAAAAACAGCAAAAACAACAACAAAAACAACAACAAAAACAACAGCAGCAGCAGGAAGCAGGAACUAAACCACAACAACAGGUGGAGGAGGGGGCGGAGCCUCUGGAAGACUGGCAGCAGGAGGUCAUGGAUGAGGAGGAGCUUCUGGAAGAUUGGCAGCAGGAGGUUGAAGAAGGCGACCUCCAGGAGCAGCAGGAGGAGGAGAAGGAGGAGGAGGAGUUGGAGGAGGAGGAGCUGGAGGAGGAAGAGGUGCAUGAUGGGAGAGAGAAAAUGGCAGCAGAGAAGAAGAAGAUGCUCAGCAUGGCGCUGCCUUUCCUGACGGGAAUCUCCCCCGCCGGCUUUCUGUCAGCCAAUAGGAAGCAGCCGGGAGGAACAGACAACCUGAUCCAGGUGAACGGGAAGCUCUAUCCUCUGGCGAAGAUCCAGUUGGGGAAGAUGGGGGCGCUCCACCCAGCGAACCGGCUGGCCGCCUAUCUGACCGGCCGGGUGGGGUCCAACAGGAAGCAACAAGGUUCUUCUUCUUCUUCCUCCUCUAAUCCCCCCAGGAGCCAGACUUCAGAUCUGACCUCCCCGGCCGUCUCCUCGGCUUCCACCAAAACCACCUCCACAGCCUCCACCGUCGGCUUGACCUCCACCGCCCCCGCCCGACCGCAGCCGCCGGUCACAGCGCUCAGCCUCCCGACAGAUUCUGUGAAAGUGUCUUCGGGCCCGGCGGCUCCUAAAGGCUCUCAGCUGUUGAUGGUUCACGUCCCAGGACCUCCAGUGCUCCCAGUGCCACAGGUGCUCCCAGUGCCUCCAGUGCUCCCAGUGCCACAGGUGCUCCCAGUGCCUCCAGUGCUCCCAGUGCCAACGGUGCUCCCGGGGCCUCUGGGGCCUCCCGUUCCUCCGGGUCCCCCGGCUCCCCCCUCCACCGCCCAGACGAUGCUCCUGCAGCUGGUCCAGGGCCCAGCAGGGGUCCAGUACUACCGCAGACCUGACGGGAAACUGGUCCAACUGUUUCGCAUCAGCCAGCUGAGACCAGUAAACCCCAACCUGCCGGUCCAGACCGUCCUCCCUCCUACACUUCUUCAGGCUCCACCCGUCACUGUCGUCAGUCAAACACCUGCGACCACAGUGGCGACACUGUCGACCUCCACAGCCUCCUCUUCGUCCUCUUCCCCCUCCUCCUCCUCCUCCUCCUCCUCCUCCUCCUCUUCCUCCUUCUCCCUCUCCAGCCUCCGGUCCCUCUCCUUGCCCCCCCUUCCCGCUCCACGCCGCCCUAGUUCUGGUUUGAUGAGCCAGAAGGGGACGUGCACUUUGAAAAUCUUCCCCGCCACCUCCAACAAGGAUCAUGUGACUGUCACUAAAGUUCCCCCCCUCCCACCUCCAAAGGUGGUAAUGUCUGCGGGUUCCUCUUCCUCCUCUUCCUCUUCCUCCUUCUCCCUUUCUGGCCUCCGGUCCUUCUCGUUGCCCCCCCUCCCCUCCCCAAACCACCCUAGUUCUGAUCUCCUGAGCCAGAAGGGGACGUGCACUUUAAAUAUCCUCCCCGCCACCUCCAGCAAGGAUCAUGUGAUUGCAACUAAAGUUCCCGCCGCACCGCCUCCGAAGGCGGUGACGUCUGCGGGCUCCUUCACGCACCUCCAGCCGUCCCCGGUCAGCCUCAUCUCCCUCAAACCCUCUGCUGGUCAGGGUGCUGAACUCGGCGUUAAGACCGUGACGGUCUCUGCGGUUCAGACAGACGCCGUCCCUGCAGGGACGCCGCCGGGGUCAGAGGUCACACCUGCACAUCCUCCGCCCCCCUCCCCCGACAGGAAGUGCCCUCAGCCCGAGCUGGCCUGUGACCUGGUGGACCUGGACAUCAUCUGCGUGGACGACGAGAUGGGGGUCGUCACCGGGGAGACGGUGGGCGGGGCCAAGCGGGCGUUGGAAGUGGUGGAUCUGGUGGAUUCGUCCAGCGAAGAGACGGACAACUCCUCUGACUUUGGUGACGAGUCGGAUGACGACGGAGAGAAGAACUCGAGCGUAAAGACCAACCGGCGUCUUCAUAAGGUGGUGGAGCGGCGGCGGCGAGGGAAGAUGCUGCAGCUGUUUGAUGGUUUGAGGAGAGAAGUCGGACUGAGUGAUGAGAAGAUGUCAAAGAUCUCCACGCUGAAGAAGGCGGUGCAGGUGAUCCGGGAGCUGAGGACGGCUGAGACGCACCUGAAGAAGAGGAAGAGCAGGCUGACGAAGAGGAGGGACAAGUACCUCUCCACCAUCUCUCCAGCAUCAGCUGAGAGCAGUCAGCUGAUCAGAGGUCAGAGGUCACCUGAGUCUGUCAGAGCGCCGUCAGAGACGGAUCCGACGAAGGUGGUCGACCUGCUGGACGAGACGGACGAGCUGACGGACAACUCAUCUGAUGAGGACGCCGUCGUCACCAAGACAGGAAGUAACAGCAGAGCGGAAGCGGAUGCGAGGCAGGUGGUCGACCUGCUGGACGAGACGGACGAGCCGACGGAAAACUCAUCUGAUGAGGACGCCGUCGUCACCAAGACGACCGACGUCGUCACCGUCACCAGCGAGGACGCGGUUCAAAGCGUCGCCAUGGAGACGGUGGAGGAGGAGAGUCGGCUGAACGAGGCUCAGAGGAGGCUGGCGAGGAUCAUCAGGAACGUGGACUCAAAAAACAGUUCGGCCGUGAAGAAGAAGCUGGUCGGAGAGCAGAGACGCUCGGACGCCUGCAGAGCUCGCAGCGCUCAGCGUCUCCUGUUGGAGCAGGCUCGUCAGGAGAUCCGGUCUCUGCAGAGUCAGAUGGCGAACCUGAAGAGUGUGAAGAUCUGUCUGAACCAGCAGAGAGCAGCUUACAUCAGAGACAUCUCCCAGCGAUCAGGUCAGAGCGAGCAGAGGAUCCUGAGGAAGCUGCAGCACCUGUCGUCCAAACAGAAGAAGCAUGAGAGGGUCCAAGCAGCCAAUCAGCAGCCAGCAGCAGGGGGCGGGGCCCCAGAUCCUCCAGCAGUAGGGGGCGGGGCCUCAGAUCCUCCAGCAGCAGGGGGCGGGGCUUCAGAUCCUCCAGCAGCAGGAGGCGGAGCUUCAGAUCCUCCAGCAGCAGGGGGCGGAGCUUCAGAUCCUCCAGCAGUAGGGGGCGGGGCCUCAGAUCCUCCAGCAGCAGGGGGCGGGGCUUCAGAUCCUCCAGCAGCAGGAGGCGGAGCUUCAGAUCCUCCAGCAGUAGGGGGCGGGGCCUCAGAUCCUCCAGCAGCAGGAGGCGGAGAUUCAGAUCCUCCAGCAGCAGGAGGCGGAGCUUCAGAUCCUCCAGCAGCAGGAGGCGGAGCUUCAGAUCCUCCAGCAGCAGGGGGCGGGGCCCCAGAUCCUCCAGCAGGAGAUGCAACUCCUCCCACUCCCAGUCAAACCGUUGCCGCCCCGCCCACCACCACACCUGUCCAGCAGGCCAACAGUCAGGGCGUCCUGCACGUGUCGAAGCCCGUCCCGUCCCACAAUGCACCUGUGCAGAGGGACCGGCCGAGGACGAUCCCCAACAUCCUGUCUCGCAGUAAGAAUCCACCAACAGCUCCGCCUUCACUGCUGCUCCCGACUGUGGAAGCUGACCCGCCGGCCUUUCAGGCUCUGGUUCCUGCUGAGGUUCUGUCACUGGUUGGCACAGCGUUGCCAGGGCAACAGGUCCUGACCCUGAGCCCACUGAUGGCGGGACCAACGGUGCUACAGCCUCCUACACCAGGCGUGGCUUCAGUCACCCUCAACAUCCCCAGCCUGACCAAUCAGCAGAUACAUCUCACCUCACUGCCCCGCCCACCCACCGGUAAGAUCUACAGCAGCUCCGCCCCCUUCAUCAUCACUAACCUCACAGCUGCAAACUUCAACAACCUGCUGCAGCUGGUGAAACCCCCGACAUCACCAACACCACAACAACAACAACAACAACAACAACAACAACAACAACAACAAGAGAAAGCCCCUCCAGCAGCUCCUCGCCCCCCGGCGGUCUCUGAUCAGCCCUCAGACCAGAUGAAAGAUCAGGACCGGCCUUCAUCCCAGACUGACAUCACACCUGAGUCCUCCUCGUCUUCGUCUCAGGGACCGUCGUCCUCUCCGUCCUCGAGGUCGAGCGCCGCUCAUCAUACUGAUGUCACAGGGGCGGAGCCUCCGGGGGCGGGGCCUCCGGGGGCGGAGCCUCAGCAGGAUGCAGACUACGAGAGUCUGACGUCGCUCCUUGACGAGAUCGUCUUCCUCAACGGGCAGACGUUACCAGAGAAACCGCUAAAGGACGUCCCGGGGGACGGCGAGGGACAAGCCCACAGCCCCUGGCUCCUGCAGCUGGACUCAGACUCUGAUGACACCGUCACCACGGGGAUGGAGGAGGCGGGGCUUAACGGCCACCCAGAGACGACGCAGGAAGGAUCCGCUAACGAGAGCGCUAAAGGCGGCGUCCUGGCUCCGCCCCCUCUACUGCAGAUGAAGGUGGGCGGGGCCAAGACGGCGGACCCCGUCAGCAGUGACAGAGCCGCAGCAGGGGGGGGGGGGGGGGGGCGCCAGAGGGAGGGCGGCGUGGCGUGGAGGCCGAUGCCGAGGCUGGUGCCUCUGGGACUGAGAGGAGCCCCGCCCAGCUGAUGAUGUCACAGAAGGUUUAGGAUCUUACUGGUCGUUCUCUGAUUGGUUCCCACAUUUCAGCAGCAGUUUGUGACGCAUCGAGAACAUGUGACGCUGUCUGGCCAAUCAGAAGCCCUGCUGUUGCCGUGACGACGAGUCGGACUUUUCUUUCAUGUUUACAGAAGAUCUGAAAUGAUGUUCAGACGUUUGUUGGUGUUUUAUUUAUUUUGUCCACGUCAUCGUUUUUCUUUCUGAUCGAAACCUUCAGCUCCGUCCUCCGCAGCAUCGUGUAACCACGGCAACGUUUGAGGCAACUGAUGAUGGGAUGUUGCUGCAGUUGCCAGAAGAGAUUUGAGGCCACGUUUCAUGAAGUCGCAGCAACAUUCAGACGUGUUUCUGAUUUCCAAAGAUCUUCAAGAGAAGAAGAAGAAGAAGAAGAAGAAGAAGAAGCUGCUGAAACUUUGUGUUUCUGAUUGUUUAAAACAAACCUGAGAGAGAAUAAAACAGAAACAUCUGGAGGAAGAAGUUGCAUUUUUUAGAACAAAUUCUCAAUAUUUGGAGAAUAAAGUUUAAAUAUUUUGAGGGAAAAGUUAUGAGAAUAAGAAAUAAAGGUUUAAUAUUCUGAACUCGUCAGUCGAUAAUGAAAUGAAACAUACUGUGACUUUAUUCUGAAAAUAUUACAACUUCCUGUAGAAUCUGGAUUUUAUUUUGUUUGUUGGAGGCAGACGAGUUAACGUCCAGAUCCCGACAGUCAACACGCAAAACGACCACUGAAGAAGAAGAAGAAGAUGUUUCUAAAUAUUCACAUCUGUAACCUGCAUCAAUACGAAUACUAACACACACAGUAAUACUACUAAUACACACAGUAAUACUACUAAUACUGCAGUAAUACUACUAAUACUGCAGUAUGUUUCUGCAGAUGGAAACGUUCAGUUUAUUUUAUCUUUAAGCUUCUAAAACUUAGUUUCACUUCACCAAAACUCCAAAAUGUCAAGAAAAAACUCAACAUUUAUUAGUAAAGAUGCUGAAUUCUCUUCAUAUUCUGACUUUUUUCUCAAAUUAUUACAACUUUAUUCUCCAGAUUCCAUAUUUGUUGUCUGUUGUCGUUACUGCAUCUAUUUCACAGUUUUCUGACAGGAAGUCGAGUCGUUUCAGGACCAGAUGUGUCGUCGAAGGUUUUUUUUGAACGUUGGAGCUGCUGUUCAAAUCAGUUUCAGUUUUAUUUGUUUUUAAGGAAUAAAGAGAAUCGUUCUUUCAUUUUUAAACACUAAAGACUCUUUACAGGAAACGGCAGCUCGUCUCACCUGGACUCACCUUUACCUGGACUCACCUUUACCUGGACUCAGUGUUCACGGACCGGCGGGAGGAUUAAAGGAGCAGUCUGCUGUUUGUGUGAGACGACUGUUAACAGACGAAGCUGCUUCUCUUUUUCUUUUCCUAAAAUUGUAUUUUUGUACAUUAAAACCUUCCUGAUGUAAAUAUGUGUUGUCUAAAGGCCUCGCAAUACGACUCUAAUAUAAAUAAAGUUUGAAUAUGUACGA